UAUAGACAAGAAACUCUACUUAACCCCACCUGGGCUUCGUAUAUUCUUGUUCUGACCAUUUUUUCCCCCUUUCAGCCCAAUGUUGCCGACGACUUUCUGACCUUGUCAAAAACCUCUGUGUUUCUCUCACAUUUCUGGUCCCAAUCUCUUGGGUUUUGCAUUUGGUGAUUCAGAUAUUUAUUGGAGAAGACGAUGGCAGCUCCACCAGCUAGGGCUCGAGCAGAUUAUGAUUAUCUUAUCAAGCUCCUCCUCAUUGGCGAUAGCGGUGUGGGAAAGAGUUGUUUGCUUCUGAGGUUCUCAGAUGGUUCCUUCACAACAAGUUUCAUCACCACUAUUGGAAUUGACUUUAAGAUAAGAACAAUUGAACUUGAUGGCAAGCGGAUUAAGUUACAAAUUUGGGAUACAGCUGGUCAGGAGCGUUUCCGCACUAUCACGACAGCGUAUUAUCGAGGAGCCAUGGGUAUUCUGCUGGUGUACGAUGUCACGGACGAGUCAUCUUUCAAUAACAUCAGGAACUGGAUUCGCAACAUAGAGCAGCAUGCUUCUGACAAUGUCAAUAAGAUUUUGGUUGGGAACAAGGCUGAUAUGGACGAAAGCAAAAGGGCUGUGCCAACUUCCAAGGGUCAAGCUCUUGCUGAUGAAUAUGGCAUUAAGUUUUUUGAAACAAGUGCAAAGACAAACAUGAAUGUGGAAGAAGUUUUCUUUUCAAUUGCUAGGGAUAUCAAACAAAGGCUUUCGGAAUCUGAUUCCAAGACUGAGCCUCAGGCAAUCAGGAUCAACCAAUCGGAUCAGGCCGGAACUUCUGGUCAAGCUGCACAGAAGUCAUCUUGCUGUGGUUCGUGAAUGGAGACAAUCGUGUGGGAAGAACGUUCGUUAGUUGCAUUUGGAUGUAAAAAUUGAUUGGGAUGAAAAACUGAUUCCUGUUAACUUCAUUACCAAAUAUUUCUUCGCCAUCUGAUGGCAAGCUUGAUGUGUCAAAGGCUUUUCUACUGUCGUUGUGAAUCUAUUGUCAUGCAGUUAACUAGCCUGCGUUUUGAUAUCUUC